UGAAAAAUUUGUUGUACUUGUUUCGUCCUUCUAUGGAUUUUGUAUUUGCUAUCAACAGUAGAUCAAGUACAGAGGUUACGGCUGUAGGUGAAGAGCGUGGGCAAGAGGGCCAACAACAGCAACGCCAGCAUCAACAGCCUGCACCACAAAGACAUCUUGUUCAAAGGAGGUUUCAAAUUGCUUUUCAGCUGGAUUUGUUGCUUAUUUUGAAGCUGGCAGCAGUUAUAUUUUUGUUCAACCAAGAUGGAUCAAGACACAGGCUUAUUGUCCUUGUGUUAUUUGCUUUGCUUGUCUAUCUAUAUCAAACUGGAGCUCUCACGCCAAUGAUACGGUGGCUUUCACAAGGCAUGCAUAGGGCAGCCGUGCCUCCCCAUCCACUGAGACCUGCAGUCAGGGCUGAGAAUGUUCCUCCUCCUGCAAGGCAGGGAAUCGAAAAUGCUGCUUUGGCAGAAGGGCAACCAGGAGCUGAGAUGGAAAACCGGCCCGCAGAUAAUGGAGAUCAGCCAGUGGAAAAUGAGCAUUUAGCAGAACCUAAUGGAGGCAAUGGUGGUAACCAGUGGUGGGCGUUUGUAAAGGAGAUUCAGAUGAUUGUUUUCGGUUUCAUUACUUCCCUUCUCCCUGGUUUCCAUAACAUGGAUUAGAUCAUGACCUACUGAAGAGCGGGGAAAUUUCGUUUUCUUUUAUAAUCUUUUUGAAAUAAAUGUGACACUAUGAUAUAUUUGUUCAUAGGUAUAGCUUGACGUAUGAUCGUAUGAUGGCUUUUUGUUUAUGAAAUGGGGCGUACAUUUCCUGUGUGCCCUUUUUAAUGUCUGUUAGUUUCUCUAUAGAAUUUGGCGAUCUGCCGAGUGUUCUUGUUUCAAUUUCAUAUUUGUUAUUGUGAAAAUCGAUGGGUUAAUCCGAUUUUUUGUA